AUGAACACGCACAGCAACAUCGACGCGCCUACCGUGUCUGCAGUCGAAUUGAAGCUGCCCCCCUUUUGGUCCGCCGACCCCGAGCUCUGGUUCAUUCAAAUGGAGGCACAAUUCGCCGCCCGGCGAAUCACAGCUGACCUCACGCGCUACCAUCACAUCGUGAGUAGCUUGCCGCCAGCUACAGCCAGCGAGGUCCGCGAUUUGCGUCUCGCCCCACCUGCGGAAAACACCUACCACACUUUGAAGGAGACGCUCAUUCGACGCCUCACACCACCCGAACCCGAAAGGUUACGGCAGCUCCUGAACGACACGGACCUUGGCGACCGCACGCCAUCUCAACUACUGCGCCACAUGCAGCGUCUUGUGGGAAGCAUUACAGGUCUCGACGGCACGCUGCUGCUCCAGAUAUUUCUUCAGCGUCUCCCCAGCAACGUACACGUGAUGCUUGCUACGGUGGCUGAAAAGGAUCGCGGCAAGAUGGCCGCCAUCGCUGACACCAUCAUGGCAGCGGCAAACCACUCCGCCUCCGUCGCUAACGUGCAAGUGGAGAGUUAUUCUGCCCCCUCUCCCAACGAAUUACUCGAGUCUCGCGAAGAGAUCGCGCGCCCCACCGAAACAGUGGCAGCGUUGCAGGCACGCACUUCGCACCCUUUGGAGCAGUGCAGUGCACAACCACAGCAGCCGCCACUCCGCUGGUGCUGGUACAACAGGAAACAUGGCGAUGCUGCGCGCAAAUGUGUUGCGCCCUGUGGCUAUCCGGGAAACACCAGAGGCCAGCAUUGA